AUGACGGUGCCGUUUCUGCUAAAACACCUCACUCUGAUAGGCUUUCAUCAAUUCUUCCUCAAUGAUGAUGAGAAAUUAAGCUCUGCGUUCUUUUCCUUGCAUACUUCAUCCAUGGAGCCUCUCUACGUGAGUGAGACUGUUCAUACAAGGCUGCUGCUAUCUUUUGGCAAAGUCAUUCUACCGCAUCUUCCGCAGCGCACGUACCAUGUGGUGCUAAAGCUCUGGCAAAAAAUAGAUGGGCUGGACUCGUGGACACUAUACUAUGAUGUGGUCGUUGAUCUACGAAGAUUGCUCAGGCUCAGAAAGCCAUUCAGGGAAAGAGACGACGGGCUAAGAGAUAAGAGCACGGUGUGGUGUUUUGAAGAUCACGAGUACGUCUUGCCAGGAAGUGUAAAAGACCAAAGUGUGGUGGUGGAGGAAUCACAACGACGGGUGUCUACGGCGAGGAAAAACCCUAAAAAAUCAUACACUGUAGACGAUAUACGCCACUUGAUAAGUCUAGAUACGGGAAUCAAGGAGCUAGCGUUGCUGAAUUUGAAAUUGUCUCAACAAAUUGACGAUGUUUUAGAGGAAGUCAAGGGAAAAGUUUCAAAAACAGACCCGGAAAAAGCCAGGAGACUCAAGUUCCGCCUUCACCAAUUGCACCGUUACACCACAAAGCAGCGCAAUAAGAACGAUACGGUAAAUUCUUGGGUGUAUGAGAAGAAGGUGCUCAUCGGCAAUCUCAAUCGUGCGUUGGACGAGCAUUUUCCACCUUUCAGAGAUCUUUGUGAGUACCAACUCGAAUAUGUCACAUCACAGAUAAAUCCGAUCCACGAGUCUCUAAACGCUGCCAUAUAUCCAGAGAUCAUUCAAUCUUUGGAAUCUAUCGGUGGUGUCAUCAUCGAAACGUUUUGCAUCAAAAUGACCUCAACCAGUGAGCAAUUAAGCAUAAUGGGAAUCGAUUUUCCUAGAUCUACGAAGGAGCUACUCGAGAAGUGCUAUGCUCCACACAGUGGCCAAGAUGCUCCAGAGUCUCCGUCCUCAGUAGAUAAGAUGAACGCAGGGCUCUCUUAUAUCGUUGCCUUGAUGCUUCUUCUUGCUGAUAUCCUCAGCGUGCUGCUUACUUAUGCGGUCAGAUACUUUGGAAGCCGCAGCAUGGUGUUUGAUCAUCUCUCUGGCUAUCAAGACAUUCAUGGUUUACAUGUGAAUCGAAAAGUCACGUACCCAUUGUAUUUCGACGCGAGACACCUAGUAAAGACGGCAGCGCUAGAUUCUUCAGGGCGAACCACGCAACUCAAGAAUCUAAAAUUUGAGCUGGGGCUUGCUCUUCUCAACAAAAAUCUCACCGCAUUGACCACUGCCGCAACGAACUUGUUUCUACAACUUCAUCAACAUGAGCAAAUAAAUGUUGCGGUUCCUUCGGAUCGUGCAGAUGAUCUCUUGUGGAGCCUUCGGCAUUUACUUUCGCUCAUGACCAUACAUAGCCCUGGAGGCACUAACACAUGA